AUGCUGUUCGAUAUUGUCUUUUUAGCCCUCGGGGCUGCCGCUAUUGCUCUGCCAGAAAAGGCUGCUUGCCCUCGCAUCAGAUGUAUAGACGGGGUUAGUCGAUGUGGAAUCAAGUAUGGUCGGUGCUACGACAUGUGCACGCAGUCCCAGCCGAGUCCUCCGCCAUGCCCUGAGCUUACAUCGGCUCCGACGACAUUGCCGUCGGCAACGUCAAUUGCCUCGCCCUGCACUAGCACUGGAACUGCCUGUGUCGACUAUCUUAGGUCUUGUGGAUCGCCCCCUACCGCUAUCCUUACGUAUGGCGGAUGUUACCCGGCUUGUGGCCCUACGCCGACUUUUUCACCUCCGCCAUGCCCGGUGGCAACCGAAACUCCGACGGAAUGA